AAAGCUAAUUUGUGCGUAGUGUUUACAAACAGCGUAGCAAAAUAUAAACUUCCUUAAAAGCGCAUACAAUAAUUUUUGGUUGGAAACAUCCGGAACGUUUCCUGAAAUGUUCACAGCCGCAAACAGUCUUUUGUAAACAAAUUUUGCAACUCCCAUCAUUUCCACGCCCCGAAUUCCUUUUCGCUUGAGAAGGGGCGACAUUUCUCAAGGAAGCUGAGAGGAAAGUUCCGACAACACUGGCGACAGACGCGCAACUUGUACCCAACUUUGCGCUGACAGUUCAGAAUUCACUCCGAAUCACGAUCUGACGAGUCAUUUGACGGAUAAGCUGACAAACGGUCGUUUGUGGAGUCGUUGAAGCGACGCUGUGCGUGACGAUUUACUACAGACGCAGAUCGAGGCAUGGAAAUAAUGGAUAGCGGGGAACCGUUUUUACAGUGGGACAAAAAUCUCAGCGAAUUGUCUGAACCCGGGGAAAACGACAUUUUAUACAGCACUCACUUCACCGAGCUGCUGGAUGAUCUGUCCCAAGAGGCUUUGCUGGGGCAGCUGUUAAGCGACCCGUUCCUGUCCGGCCGUGGAGAUGCUAUGGACACAGAGGAGGAUCUGACCCCUGCGUCUCCAGUGCCGCCACACAUUCAAGCCGAACACAGUUACUCACUGUGCGGAGACUCGCGCCCACAGUCGCCCCUCUCCCAUCUGCCUGGAGAGCCUGGCAGUGAUGCCGGUGAUUCAGACAAUGACGAGUGGCCCAUGGAGCAGGAAGAUAAAGGGCUGAAGAUGGAGCCCCUGCUGUGUGACCCGUCGCCCGUCCUGCUGCCCACCCUGACCCUCACUCUGACCCCUGAGGGUCCUGCCACUGAGCCCGUGACUGACGCCUCUCUGACCCCUCAGGCCGCACAGGUGAACGAGGACAGUGAGAGUUUCAGCCCUCAGAUUAAACUGGAGCCACACGAGGUGGAUCAGUUCUUAAACCUUUCACCCAAAGGCCUGGAGUCUCUGCAGAUGCCGCCCACUCCUCCCAGCUCUCACGGCAGCGAUUCGGAGGGCAGUCAGAGUCCCGUUCACCCCUGUGCUCCCGCCAGUCCCACACAGACCCCCGCUGUCCUCAAGGUGGCGCCAAGAGCCCCAUCUUCCCUCUCCAACUCUCCUCUGCUGACGGCACCCCACAAACUGCAGGGCUCCGGUCCUCUCCUGCUGACAGAGGAGGAGAAACGCACGCUCAUCGCCGAAGGAUAUCCGGUGCCCACCAAACUGCCCCUGUCCAAAGCUGAGGAGAAAGCACUGAAGAAGAUUCGCAGAAAGAUCAAGAAUAAGAUUUCAGCACAAGAGAGCCGCAGGAAAAAGAAAGAGUACAUGGAUGCUUUAGAGAAGAAGGUGGAGACAUGCUCCAACGAGAAUAAUGAGUUACGCAGGAAAGUUGAAACACUGGAGUGCACCAACAAGUCUCUGCUGCAGCAGCUGCACUCGCUGCAGGCGGCGGUGGCAGGAAAGGUCCCGCGGUCCUGCCGGGUGACGGGCACCCAGACCUCCACAUGUCUCAUGGUGGUGGUUCUGUGUUUUUCAGUGUUCUUGGGGAGUUUCUACCAAGGUCUGAGUCCCUGUUCCUCCAUCACCAAAACAGACCUGAGCAGAGAGAUCUCCAUACAGGACUCGUACACCACUACAGUGAAGUCCCGAAACCUGUUGUCCAUUCCGGAGCACGGGGGUCUGGACGAGCCUCAUCAUCCCGUCGGGCUGGGCGGGGAAUAUCCUGAAUGGGACCGUCAGGCUGAUGUAAUGGCAGCUUGGCGUUUAGAACAGCAGCACAAACAGGAACAGGCGGAGCUACGCGAGGCAGAGCCCCGCCCACUCAUACUAAACACCAAUGAAACACGAGCGCAGAAGGCCAUUCUCAUAGACCUGCACUCACACAGGUCAAACGAGACGGCUAAAGUCAUACAGCUGGAGAGGACGGUCAACGAGACGUCCUGAGAUCUCUUCUUCCUCUCCCCUGCAGCGGCGGGGGCGAUAGGCUUCGUAUUUAUAGUAUUGUUUUACUUUAGAUGUCCUUUUUUUAAAAUAAACACAAAAACUCAAAAACGUAUUUUUAUUCAAUUCCAGCAGUAUAUCGAAUUUUGAUACUCAUGUACACUAUUUUCUUUUUUAUAUGCUUUGAAUUUGUUUUAAUAUUCCUUCUUUCUUUGUUUCUUCGCCUAUUUGCCCCAUGCUACUGAGAAUAUGUGUAGUAAUAUAUUGAAUACGCAUCUGUUUUCGUAUUCGCACGACGAUGAUAAUGGCAUCAUGUAGCAUGUCAAUCAAAAUGCAGUUCCAAAGAUUGAUGAAAACAGUGCAAAAGCUCUGUUUACAGUUUGAAGAUGGCAGAUAUCCAAAGCAUUUGUCUGAAUUUGUAAAUAUUUGCAGUAUCCUCUAUUGUAAGUGUGUUGGGAGAGAUAUGAAUGAAUGUCAUGGAGGGCAAUAAAAGAGGGAAAAUAUGGACUUGACAUGAAAAGGACGGACGCUCUCCAUCCCGUAUGACGUUGCCCUCUUUAUUAAGGACAGAUGGCCCUUUUUGUCCUCAUCUGGCCACCAUCCAGCCCCCGUCUGCGCUCUUCGGGGAGUAAAAGACGCUCGCUGACAAGUCUGGCGUUCUCUUGCUCUGAUAUGAACGGUUGUGACGACCUGAGUCCUGAGCGAUCUGCAUUCAGGCGUGCCGUGGACUCGCUUGCACUGCGUCCCCGUAGAAUUGAUCUGUUAUUUAUUAUUUUUAGCAUGCCUGCCAUCCUCUUAUCCUGGAAACAAGAGCAUUUUGAAGGAGAUGGUUUUGUCCUGAUGCGACGCAUUCGGAUACAUCUGCAUUGUCACGCAGUUGUCAUGUAUUUGGCAUAACGUCUUAAUUACGUUACACUUUCAUUGCAUCGCAAUGCAGUUUCAGGCUCUUAAAAUGAUCUUCCUGAAAUCACUCUGCCUUGUUCAUGUUUUUUCUUCAAGCAAAUAAAUAUUUUCCUUAGUAAAAGCAUUAUAAAUCAUG